AUGGUAUCAGAGCAUUCACCACCUGGGAUUAUGGCUGGUGAUAAAGGAGGAGGGAAGGAGGCUAGAGGAGCUCAACUGAAGAAGGUUGAAUCGCUUGAGACAGAGUUAGGGCAUUUGUAUGCUCGAAUGGAGAAUCAAGGACAUCAGAUCCAACAGAACGCUGAAUCCAUAGCCUCUCUUCAGUUGAAGAUGGAUCAAAUGUUUGAGGAGAUUUUGGGUGCCAUAGCCAAAAGCCGACCAACAAUCAACAAUGAGAAGAAAACCAUGGAGGGAGAGCCUAGCAACACACCGGUUCUAUCCAUAGAGGAAACUCCAAGGGUUUACAGUAGAGCGUCACACACUGAUACAGGAGGUUCAAGAAAUGGAACAGGAGGUGGUUUCAUCGGCAGAGGCGGCGGCUAUAUUCCCAAAGGCGAAUACAGAGGAGGGACCAACCAGAGAUUUCACAAACAUGAGAUGAUCUUGUUUGAUGGAACUAACACAGAGGAGUGGAUUUUUAAUAUAGAAAGGUCAUUCUGCUCAUAUGAAGAUGAUGAAACAAUGGAAGUUGCGGUGGGGGCUCUAGCGGGCGACACCCUACUAUGGUAUGAAUGGGAGCAUAGGAGGCAGCCCAUACGAGAUUGGGAGGAGCUGAAGGGCUUGAUCCGUCGCCGAUUCGGAUCCUCAUAG